AUGAACGGAGAAGCAAAUUUUUCUUCAAUGGCACCACCAAAUUUCGAUGGAGAAAGUUAUCAAAUCUGGGCAGUAAGAAUGUGGAUAUAUCUGCAAGCUUUGGAUCUAUGGAAAGCUAUUGAAGAUGAAUACGAGAUAGCUCCCUUGCCGGACAAUCCCACAGUGGCACAGAUUAAAACUCACAAGGAGAGGAAAACCAGAAAAUCAAAGGCACUGGCAUGCUUAUUUACUGCAGUUUUAUCUAAUAUCUUCACUCGUAUUAUGUCUCUGGAAUCAGCGAAAGAGCAAAGGAUGAAAGAAAGUGAAACCAUAAAGGAGUACUCUGUCAGACUCCUUAAUUUAACAAAUCGCAUCAGAUUGUUGGGUUCCACUUUAAAUGAUUCAAGGAUCAUUGAGAAAAUCCUAGUAACGACACCUGAAAGAUUUGAGGCUACCUUAACAACCUUAGAAAAUACUAAGGACUUGUCCAAGAUCACACUUGCAGAGCUCUUAAGUGCUUUUCAAGUGCAAGAGCAAUGA